AUGAAUUUUACGAUUUUACGGAAACGUUCGCGUCGCGAUGCGCCCGAUGCACAUAACAAUAACAACAACAACAGCAACAACAACAACAACAACAACAAUAAUGAUGAUGACAUCGAAGGUGCGGAAUAUCCGAUAAUACUUCGUGCAAACUACAACAAGAUGAAAUGUGAGAUUAGAUGCGCCUAUAGAAUAAACUUUGGCAAGCCCAAAAGCAUUAGAUCGCUGCUGAGAUUCUCGUCGAAGCGUAUACUGCGACCACGAAGUUGGCACGAAUCGAACGUAUCGACCAACACAAUGAACGUAACCGUUAUUCGCGUAGAAUGUAACGUGACCGCGGGCACGUAUAGCAACAGCAAAGGUGUGCAAACGAUACACGAACUUUCGCCGAGCGUGCCGCCGGGAUAUUAG